UUCUCGUGUUUAACUUGUGGCUGUGCUGACUGAGAUCAGGGUCGACAACAUGGCUCUCCUCGUGAGAGUGUGUUCCUCGGUCGUCUACGUGCUGUGCUGGCCCCUGCUCCUGAUGCACGCUGUGGGCCUGGGCAGAGUUUACAAACGCCUCUUCCCAUUUUGUUUGUGCCACAUUUCUGCAAUGUACAAGGGGAAAAUGUACGACAGGAAGAAGGAGCUGUUCCGCAGCCUGCCGGAGUUCAACAACCGCGGAGGGAAACUCACUAUCCUGGAGAUCGGCUGCGGCACCGGCACUAACUUCGAGUUCUACCCCCCCGGCUGCAAAGUGAUCUGCACCGACCCCAACCCCCAUUUCCAGAAAUACCUGGACAAGAGCAUGAGCGAGAACGAGCACCUCACGUACGACGGGUUCGUGGUGGCCUCGGGGGAGGACAUGGGGUCCGUCGCGGACGGGUCGGUGGACGUCGUCGUCUGCACCCUGGUGCUCUGCUCCGUCAACAACAUACAGCAAACUCUGAAUGAGACUCACCGGGUCCUGCGGCCGGGUGGAGCCUUCUUUUUCCUCGAGCAUGUGGCUGCAGACGCCUCAACUUGGACACACUUCUUCCAGCAAGUUCUUCAGCCUGCAUUUUUCUACUUAUUUGACGGAUGCAACGUCACACGAAGCACAUGGAAACAUCUGGAGGCAGCUGGAUUCUCUGAAGUCAAACUGAGACACAUUGAAGCUCCGCUCUUCUUCUUAAUCAAACUGCACAUCGUAGGCUAUGCUGUCAAAUAGAUUCAGUCUGAUCAGCUUCUUGAUAAUCCUCCUUCACAGCCAGUGUAUGACUAUGCCAAGCACUAAAUGCCUGACCUCUACUACUCUGUCAUAUGAUAGAUCAUCAAUGAAGAAGAGAGCACCAGUCAAUUUGAUACCAAUUUAAAUUUACCAAUAUCAACAACACGAGACUAACACACUGCAUUUAACAUAGAUAGCUCACAUUGCUAUUUACCUUUGCCAAGGAGGUAAUGUUUUUGCCCCUGUCUGUAUGUUUGUUUGUUUGUUUGCUUUUGAGCAGGAUUGGGCAAAAACUACUAAACAAAUGUCCACAAAACUUGAUGGACGGAUGGGACAAGGGUCAAGAAGGAAACCAUUACAUUUUGAAACGGAUCCGGAAAAGGGGCAGGUCCAGGUAUUUUUAAUCACCUUUUUUAAUAUUGUGAAAUCUAAUAUUUUUCACAAUAAUUCAGGGAUUUUGAUGAAAAAUAGGACGGAUAUUAAUGAGUGUUUGCAUUUCUGGUGUGGCCUUAUUGAAUUAAAGGGGACUUUUGGCACUACUGAGUGCCAUUCUAGUAUUGUAUGCCGAUGAAGGUAGAAAUUAUAUUUUGAUAUCUUUUUGAUCCUCUGUCCUACAUCCCUCAUCUACAAGUUGCUUGCUGAUGCAUCGAUCUGAUGCUGCCACAGGGAACUGCUCUGUCAGUGUUUAUCUCUGUGCUUCUACUGGAUUUACUGCUAUUUACGAUGCGACAAUGGUGCCAUGAAUAUAUACAUUUUGUUGUGAUUAAGUUGGUUGUAUUGUGUCAAAUUGGUGGGGUACAUUUUUACUCCUGUUGCAGUGAUAUUAGUGUUUUUAUUUCAUAGUAAACAAGUAUUGAGAUGAUAUAGACAGGAAAGACAAAAAUUAAGGAGGAACUUGGGCUGUGGUCCAAUAGUGUAUUUUGCUUAGGAAGGUUCCUAACAGUGAAAUGACCCAGAAGUGUUUCAGUGGCAGCCUUGAUAAAAGCUCUUCAAAUUCUCUAAGUGAUAAGGAAAGGAUACUUCCUAUCGUAUCUCCUUUUGCACAGGAAACACUGCACCUUUUUUUUUUUGAAGGAUAGGAGACAAUGUUAUCCCACAAUUAAUGGAACAUCAUAGUUGCACCUGAGCUGACCCAUGUAAAUAUGGAAACGACGGAACAGAGGUUUUCUGUUCCAGAACUUAUAGAAAUCCCCACAUGGUUGUUCAAACUCCAAAUCCAUGAACAUAGAUUUAUUAUCUGUCCAAUCAGGAGUCAUGUUCGACAACAAGCAUAUUGAACUUAUAGUUCACAAUAUCACCAUCAGAACUAAAUACAAAAAUAAAAAUAAUUUCCACAAUUUC